AUGUCUCAUCUGGUUCUCCUCAUCAGCCUAAUCAUAGGCCUGCUGGGCAAUUUUUGUCUUGCGAGCCCAUCCCGAGCCCAUGCUGUGGCUGCAAGAACCCACAAACGCGCGGACUGUACUUCCACCCUCAUGGGGCUUGAGAAUAGUCUGUCUGCCGAUUGGAUCCUGGGUAAAAAGCCAACCGGACAGCGGGUCCGGGUAUCCUUGAGUGCCGACAAACAGCUUCUGCGUGUGCAAUACCCGACCUACAAGGAUUACCAGUAUGAAACGGUGAGUGUGUGGCUGGGGAUCGGGGCACCUACCGAUACCGCCCCCGGAAGCUACCCCUGGGGUUCGAACAAGAAAUCCCCUAAAUGCACGGUCUCAGGUACCACCGCAUCCUGCGAGAUCCCCCUGAGCGAGGCCUUGCCAAAUGUCAACCUGUGCCAGGACAAGCCCAUCAACAUUGUGACGCAUGCCAGCGUGAAAAGUCCCACGCUGGGCUCCGAAGGCGGGACGGGCGGUAGCCCGACGCAGUGCAUCAAGCUAUCCUGUAAUCCCUGGUUCACCUACUGGACCUUCCAGACGAAGUGCGGGUGCGAUAUUCCCGAUGACGGACAAUGGUGCGAUUUCGGCUCCGCGUUCGGUCAUUCAGCGUCCCCGCCAGGGGUUGCGUUGGAAUGCAACCCCCCGUGGGGAUGGUCGAACCAGAUCGACUCGGCCCCGCUCGGGGGCACGCUGUGGGUGGGCGCCCUCCCCAACUACAACGAUAUUAACGUGAACGCCGUCAAUGUGGGGCCCUUCGUGGCCUUUUUCGAGGGUGGACAGGUUCGUUUCAGGUACACCGUGGACGUCGAUUACAGAAUCACCGCAGUACAUGCCCAAGUUGCCUGUGGACCUUCCCUCAGCACGUGCUCACUGGACCAGUAUGCAAUCAAAAUCGACGGGUUGAUGGUUCAGGAGUAUGAGACCCCCUCAGUGUCUGUUGACUGCAACAAGCCGUAUAUCAUUGUGCAUGCCAGGAUCCAGAAAAAGAAAACAGAGGCUACAUGCCCUAGUCCCAGGAACACGGGUGCGCAUUAGGUUAUUUGGCUUGUCCGCAGGAGGCUGGAAGACUGCAAAGCGAGUCUCGAAGCAGAUCUUGGUAUUGCUGAGUGUUGCCGAGUAAGACCACCGAAACAAACAGGCGCCGUCCCUGGAAAAGUUCUACCGGAUUUGUCUUGACUCCGAUUCGGGUUCGAGCGGUCUUUGUACUUGUCAGCAACGGAGGCCGUUCUGUCUGGUUCCACGUUAUGCAUUUCUCGCUAUUUACUGAUCGCGCUUGUGAGGCAUGAAUGCGAGGCACAGUUCCCCACAAAAGCUAGCGGAG